ACUGGUGGUCGCUGGAGUUAUUUCGGAGUAAAGGCGAGUAGGAUGACUCAAUUCAAAUGAAACUUAUGACACACUACGUUUCCUCCUUUGAAUCCACAGCUUGUCUUUACCUUCCAAACAUAAAAUCGCCCAAGGGUAAAUUGCCCGGGAAGUCAGUGAGAACUGAUCAAAAGAACAAUUUCUACGGAGUCUGUCUCACUUUGCGCCCACUGACGGUUAAAAUAUGGCGGCAUCCGCGAGAGAUAUAGGUUCCGGUAGGGAUGCGGCCAGCCUGGGUAUUUCGCAGGGCCAGAGCUUUUCAACUUCACCAAACACGUCUUUCCAAUCUGCUCCGUCUAGCCAUGGCGGCUCGGCCUUCACAAACCGCGUGGUCCCGUCUCUCAAUGCGAAGCACCUAAAACCCUUUGCCACUGAGGAUAUCAAGGUCUUACUCCUGGAAAAUGUCAACCAGACAGGUCGUGAUAUUCUCAACAAGCAAGGAUAUCAAGUAGAGUUUCUCAAGUCAUCGCUCCCCGAGGAUCAACUUAUAGAGAAAAUUCGAGACGUUCAUGUGAUCGGAAUUCGUUCGAAGACAAAGUUGACAGCGCGUGUGUUAAAGGAAGCACGCAAUCUCAUAGUGAUUGGUUGUUUUUGUAUUGGAACAAACCAGGUCGACCUCCAGUAUGCAGCGGAGCAUGGCAUCACCGUGUUUAAUUCUCCGUUUAGCAAUUCUCGGAGCGUGGCUGAACUGGUCAUUUGUGAAAUCAUUGCUCUCGCUCGUCAGCUUGGCGACCGAUCCAAUGAAAUGCAUAAUGGCACGUGGAACAAAGUCAGUAACAAAUGUUGGGAGAUUAGGGGGAAGACACUAGGAAUUAUUGGGUAUGGCCACAUUGGGUCCCAGCUAUCGGUUUUGGCGGAAGCUAUGGGCAUGUCGGUUGUUUAUUAUGACGUCGUAAAUCUCAUGGAAUUGGGCACAGCUCGCCAGGUUUCAACGCUGGAGGAUCUCCUAUCCGAGGCGGAUUUCGUCACGUGUCAUGUGCCCGAGCUUGCUGAAACGAAAAACAUGCUGGGACAGAAACAAUUUGAGCUCAUGAAAGAUGGUAGCUAUUUGAUCAAUGCCAGUCGAGGAACUGUCGUCGAUAUACCUGCCCUGAUACACGCGAUGCGGUCUGGAAAAAUUGCCGGUGCUGCACUUGACGUGUAUCCCAACGAGCCUGCGGGAAAUGGUGACUACUUUAACAGUGAUCUUAACACUUGGGGAACCGAUCUCUGUGCUCUCAAGAAUCUAAUUUUGACCCCACACAUCGGUGGUAGCACGGAGGAGGCGCAACGUGCCAUUGGCGUUGAGGUGGCAGAGGCUUUAGUUAGAUAUGUUAAUGAGGGCACAACUCUGGGCGCGGUCAAUCUUCCGGAGGUAGCUCUUCGAUCCUUAACCUUGGAUGAACCAGAUCAUGCUCGGGUUAUUUAUAUUCACCACAAUGUCCCAGGUGUUCUCCGGAAAGUCAACGAGAUCCUCGGUGAUCAUAAUGUCGACAAGCAAAUGACAGAUAGUAGAGGUGAUGUGGCGUAUCUGAUGGCUGAUAUCAGCAACGUCGAUAAUACGACGAUAAAGGACUUAUACGAAAGACUUGAAAGCCUCUCAUCCCGGAUAAUGACGAGAAUAUUGUAUUAAGUCUGCUCAGAUUGAGUUCUCCUGAGCUCCAUUGCAUUAAUCAUUCCACAUAGAUUAGGGGGCACAUAUACUUCCAUGUCGCAACAGGAGAGAACUGGACGGGCGGGAAGUUAAGAGGGUUAUGUCAUUUUUUUUUUGUUUUGGUUCCUGGUAGGAGUCCCUCAACGGUACCUUUCUACCCGAAUUUGCUGGGCUUCAGAAUGUUGGAGGUCGACCACCUGACGUGUGCAACU